AUGAGUUAUAUUACACGUAAAUUUAAUAGCCUUACAAAUGUACAAUAUAAUGGAUCCUUCCAGAACAUAUGUCAACAUCAUGUAGGGAGUUCUGUUUCAAAUAAUUUAUCACCAAAUAUGCUGACGUCAUCCCAUAAUUUCAGUCAAAUAAAUAAUUCAUUAACUGAGCCAAUAACUAUUGAUAAUGCCAUUCUGACAGCAACGUUAUCACAGGCAAACGAUCAAUUCUAUCUCAAUGAGUCAAUGCCGGUUGAAGUAAGAGAUCAUUCAAACCAAUCGUUGACUGUAACUCCGGUUAAUUGUACAUCAAAUACCAAUGUUCACAUAGAAUCUAGAAUAACAAAUGAUUUGAUAUUUACACAACAAUAUCUUCAAAGUGAAAUAAUAAAACCGUAUCAGAUUCAUAUAAAAGCACAACCACGUUCUAAAUUUCGUCCAAGAACUCAAAAUGAAAGUAAAACUACAUCCCAUUACUUACGAUGUGAGGCUAAUGCUGAACUAGAAUAUCCUGCAAUUUAUGUACGUCAAGAAUGGGCUCGUGAGUCAGAUACAAAUAUUAUCGAAGUUUCUCUUAUGGACAUAGAGAAAAAACCUCAUCUCUAUACUCUUGAUAACAAAACUCGUAUGAAGCAACCCGACGAUCAAUUAUUAAUUUUCAAACAGGAAGAAGUAAAUACAUUGUAUUUUAUAGUUACUAAUCAAGAUUUUAUAAACGGUUAUAAAAGCUUCAUGAUGGAAUUAAUUAAAAGUAAACAAGAUGAUAUUAUUACAAAGAAAGUAAUUCGAUCGCAAAAACUUGAUCAAUCAUUACUUCGUUUCACACGAAUUUAUCGCGAUCAACACGGUGAAUAUCAGCGCGAUAAAAACAGUGAGGUAUUUUCUUGUACUAUGCAAGAAAGCUAUGGUGAUGUGUCUGUGGAAAAUAUGAGUCCACAGUAUGGUCCAAUGUGUGGACAGACGAUGGUGUUUAUUGUUUUCAAAGGUCGUAUUACUAAAGAUAAUUUAUCUUUUAUUAUUUGUGAGCCAACAACUGAUUCGUCUGAGAAAAUUAAAAAGUUUACCCUUAAUGGUACUAUUGUUUAUUUCCCGAUGCCUUCUGCUCCGUUUCCAUCUAUGAAUAAUAUAAAAAUAAGCAUCCAGAUUUACUUUAAAAACGAAAGAAUUCGUGAAUUAGAUUAUGUAUAUAUGAAUCUCUCAGACCAAGUCACUAAUGUUGAUUGUACUCAAUCAAUGUCAGAUAUUGGUAAUUUUACGACAACCAUAACGCUCACCCAAGAUGGUGCCACCAAUAUACAGUGUAUGCCAAAACUAGCUAAAAACCUCUCGAAAAGAAAACCAAAGAAACGUUUAAAUAGCAAAAACGACUAA